UUGGAGAAGACUAUCGGUAUCGCGAGACUCCGCAAAGUCUCUGCGAUUUCGAUGUCUACAUUUCCUCCUUAUCGAUACGGGAAGCGAACAGAACGUUACCUGAUACGAGGAAGAGAGUGGUUCGUGACUGUUCGUGACUCGGUUCGGUUCGCAGUUUGAAACCGAGCGGCGUAUGCGAUUGCGAUUAAUUCUCGCGAAGUGAGACAGUCGGUGCGCGCGAUCCGCUCGAGGCUUAGUUGCGCUUCGGUGAGACAAUAACUGUGGUUGUAAGGCAAAACGACAGAAAUUGCAUGUUUCAAACAUUAAUCUAUUCCAGUUGCCAGAAGUAAUAGAAUCUACAUGUCUUAUCUCAAUUUACUCAGCCUUUUUUCACGUCAUUUUAAUUGGUGUCGCGAAGCUCGAGAUACGUUAACGGUCAUAAUAAAUGUCCAGCCUACGUCUGUAAACGUUAUAUGCUUGAGGUAGGUUGGACAGCUGUAAUGACUAUAUUUUUUUGAAAAAUAGACCAUAACUUGAAAAAGUAUCAAUAAAUACAUGAGUUUAUGUUCCAAUAAAAACUCGAGAUCGAAACAUUUUUGUUAGAACUUUUUAGAUGAAACUGGGAGAGAUCCAGGAGGGAGCUUUCAUGCAAUUUCUACCAAAGAUCGCACGAGGAUUAAAAAGGAGAAAUUAUUUCCGUACAAAUUUAUUGAUUCUGAACAUUUUUUUGACAAAUAUAUGCAUCGUUCUGUCUUACGACUACAGAUGUCCAGUUCUGUCGUUGAUCGGUUAGCAACGAGUCAACGAGUAAAAGUGACAAGCGAGAAAUAAAGAGGUCUCCGACAUCUGUUGCUUCGCCGAUACGUAUGUGUUCGCGUUGCACGGACGUUCCGCGCGUCGAUUGAAAACACUUACUGUUCGCGGCGUGAUAGCGGAUUUUGUGGCACUGUCGUUCGGGAAUUGUUUAUAGAGUAUUGGGUCUAUAAAUAUCGGGACAAAACGCAAAGGAAUUCGAAUUUGGGUCGCGCGACUGUUAGCAGUUACCACCAGAUACCGCCCGGCUAAGUUAUUUUAAAAUUCGUAACGAAUCUCUUGUUUUGACUUUGACAACCUCGAGGUAUCAACCGUUUCGCUAACGUUCGUCGGAACAAUCUUUAUCGCCUCGUCGGGGGUCCUGUUGAAUUGUCGCCACCAUGGGAAUCAUAUUGUCAAGAUUUCGCAAAAAGAAAACCACUAUUGAAAUUUUAGAAAGUCUGGACUCGCAAAUUGAAGAGAUUGAAAGAUAUGGACACACUACAGAACAAAGGCAUAAAAGAAUUGUUGGCACUCUCAUUUUGUAUAGUGUGAUUCUUUAUAUAAUAUCUGCAUUAAUUUUUUAUUUCUGUUUCUUUCCUGCAUCAUUGUAUGAUCAAAUAUUUUAUAUGAUUCCAUUAUUAAUUUUUCCUAUUCUAAUAUUGCUCACAAAAAAGAUGGUCACAUGGUAUUAUAAACGUAAAAUCUCUGAAAAUCAGGAGAAAUUAAGUACAAUACAGUUAGAAAAAAAGAAAAUCCUUGAUGAAGUUACAGAGACUGAGACCUACAAAAAGGCUAAAGAGAUUCUGUUGAAAUUUGCCCCAGAUCAAUUAAAAAUGACGCCUUCAUCUUAUAGAAUAGCACCACCCACAGAAACACCACAUCGUUCUUUGUCACCACAAAAUAUGGCAUCCCCUCCUAAUACCGGAGAACUGAGGAAGAGAGUACUGACAUCUCAAAAACAAUUAUUAAACGUUCCAAGGGUUACACCCGGUAACACUGGCCUUGUCCCAGUUGGCAUAGCUCCCAUUCAGGCUACACCAAUUGGUUUCCAGGGCAGUGCUAGACCAGUUAUUCCAGUUAUGGGUUAUCGAUCGCCACUGCCACGGCCGAUAUUACCACGCGAAAGAAGUUAUCUAGAACGGUUGGUUGACUAUAUAGUAGGUGAUGGUCCAGCGAAUCGUUAUGCAUUAGUAUGUCGGCAGUGCUAUUCGCAUAAUGGGAUGUCUUUAAAAGAAGAAUUCGAAUAUUUUGGAUUCAAGUGUUGUUACUGCAAUACUUGGAAUCCUCCGAGGAAGCAGAAAUCUGCAGCACCGAGACUGGAGCUCGAUGCUAGUACUAUAUCAACGCAAGACAGUACAUCCAAUGCAUCCGAACAUACAUUAUCGACCAAUAUAAGCGAGAAACCAAUACAAACUGAACUAUCCAGUCCAUCGGAUACAGAUUCCGAUAUCGAGGUAGUUGAAGGACCGGAGGAAUCCGCAGAUAUUGAGGUAAUCAAAGAACCAGCGGAAUCUGAAGAUAUCGAGGUAGUCAGAGGUACAGUAGAAUCUGAAGAUAUCGAAGUAGUCAGAGGACCAGUGGAAUCUGCAACAACCGAACAUACUGCUGAGGACCGUAAAAACAAAUGCGAUGAACUGGAAGACAGUACGGAAAAAAUGGACAUCGACGAAUCCGUUUCGCAUUGAAUAUGUAUAUAAGCACAUACAUACAGCGAAACUGUAAAUACUAAAUUGCUGAUGUAGCUUUGGAAGAAGAGAUAGUAUAUGCACUAUCUACUAUGUGUUGCUGGAAAGAAGAUGAGCAAAAGAGACUACGCUGGAGAAUUUUUCCAGCAACGCACAGUAUGUUGAAUGUUCUCUGACUCAAAAGUCGAAAUUCAUUCCAAAUUGUUCAUGUUUAACUCUUGUUGCGAUUUUGCGAAGCUACGAAUUGAAGCAAAAUGAUCACGUACUUAGGAGAUAUUGUUGAAACAAUGUCUUGUAACACUCCUUCAAAAGGCGUUUACUUCUGCUGUUGAAAUUAAGGAGCUUCAUGAUAUUGAGGACAGAACCGCCAGAACCGAAAAGUCUUAAAUAUCUCCUUCGUUUUUAAUCAUAUGGGAGAAUCUGUAAGACAUAAUUUAAAUAGAUCGAAAAGAUUUUCUAUGUAAUUAAAUUUAUCUUUUUAUUCUGUAAUGUUCAAGGUCACUUCAAAUUUGUAAUACAAUAUGCCUGAAAGCAUAUUUGCAUUUUGAUGCUGGUCUAAUUGCAUUGUAAAUAUGUUUCCAUAUUAUUAAGAGCAAAGGAGAUAAUUAGAGAUCCAGGUGAGACGUUCGAUGUAUUGACAAAUUUUAGAAGAUUAUUUAUUCUUGUAAAGGUCUUUAAUUAUCUGAAGCAUUAUCAAAAUGCCUACGUUGGAAAUUAUGGUCAAUAACCAAAUCAUUGCAAGACUGUUUAUCUUGUGACUAGUGGACAUUAGUAUUUAUAGUAGAUGAAAUUGUUUUCUUUCUCUUCAUUUAGAAAGUCCCAAUAAAAUUGAUUUUCCUUUGUAUUUUUAUAAUUUUUAAUGUUAUAUCAGUUCUGUCGUUUAUAUUGUAUGUUUAGAUUUUCAUUUGAAUAACUAUCCCCGAAAUACGAAAGUAGUACUCGAAUAUUAUUUUUGUAGAUUAAUUACAUUUUUAAUAUUAUAUACAUUGUAAUAGAAGAUAUAGCUUUUUAUAUCUGUGUCUAAAAGACUAAUCUUAAUUUCAGAUAGAACAGUCUUUUUUGUCGAAUUCCUCGUAGCAUAAGUAUUAUUGUGAUAAUAACACGGUUUUGUGUCCCUAUAAUAUUUGAUGAAAAACGAAUACAACUUUAUUUACGUGCCAGAGAAAUGUUAACGUUCGGUAACAAUCAAGAAGUUCACUUUUUAAAGAGAUUUCACUAUUCUACCUUAUUUUUAGUUAUUACUGACUGCUUUCGUUUCAAACCUUAGCUUAAAGCAUAGUAUUUGAUGUAACAAAAAAGUAUGUGAUUAAGAAGUUUUUAUUUACAUGGUGAUCAAAGAUGUUUGAAUAACUGUUGAAGGAAAUAUACUUUUUAAUAAAUUUACAUAACAUU